UGAAGACCCCUCGACGCCGGUUGUCCACAUACAAAACAAUAAGAACAAAUAUAAGAGAACGAGAACAGAAACUGAGACUAAUCGAGUUCAUUUACCAAAAAAAAUAAACAAAAUAGUGUGGCUUUUGUUUCCUCUUAUUGGAUAACUUCAAGAUGCGUCUUCAAAAUUCGUGGUUUGGCUUAUUGCUGUUUGGUGCUGUUUGUCUGGUCGGCAUUGAGAGUAGAAGAGUACGCGUGAGGCCCCAGGAGCAAGAGGAAGAUUCCUACUAUGCAGAUCAGCAAGAAGAUGAGAGGGUAGUCUACAUUUCAUCGGCGGAUCAAUAUAAUGGACUCUAUGGACAGCAAGCCGCUUCCAGAAGUUCUCAGGACAACUACAUUCCUAGACAAUCACCAACUUCCAAGCCUCAAGCUCAAUCUGUGAGGAAUAAGGAACCAGCCAAGCAAGCUCCAGUACAAACAAUUCGGAACUACAACAAAGUAAACGACGAUGGAUCUUUCACCUUCGGUUACGAGGCCGCUGAUGGCAGUUUCAAGGAGGAAACUAGGGGCACCGAUUGUGUAGUCAGAGGAAAAUAUGGAUAUGUAGAUCCUGAUGGCAACAAAAGGGAAUUCACUUACGUAUCCGGAAACCCUUGCGAUCCCAACGCUCCAAAAGAAGAGGAAGAUAGGCCCGAAUCUGAUAGACAAGAAGCAGACAGUGGUCCAGCCAACUACCCAACCAGACCAAUCAGACCGAUUGCUAGACCCGUUACUACCGCAGCACCUAAACCAGUCACUGUUUUCCAGAAUCAAUACGACCAAGAGGAAGAUGAACAACCGGAACCAGAACAAGUUCUCAGACCACAGCCGGUACCACAAGCGAGACCUCGUCCAGUUUACAUUACACGUCCGCAAUAUGAACAGGAAGAGGAACGUCCAGUCUACCAGCAACGACCAAGGAUUGUCUCAAUCCCAUCAACGACUCCAGCUUCUGUUAUUUACAAGCAAAGCAUUAGCCCGAUCAAUAUUACGCCCCGACCGACCCAGAGAGCUCAACCAGCGACCACUUAUCGACCACAAUUGCUUCAAGUAGCGGUUACCCCACGCCCGGCACUUCUCUAUACCAAACAAAUAGCUUCAGCUGCUCGUCCAACUUCCCCAACUCCGUCGUCCACUCGCGGUGGAAAUGGUGGCAACAUUGACUUCGACGCUGAAUUCCAAAAGUUCCAACAGGAAAACAACAUCGUUGCCCCAACGCCCGCCGUACUUCAAAAAACCACUAAGCCUAAAGCACCAUCUCCUACGAACCAAGUUUACUCCUCCGAAUUAGUCUACGACCCAAGUUCAGGUCAAUAUAACACCCAGCUGUAUCAAAGUUUGCCACAAACUGAGGGCGAUUUCACCUUGAACCACCGCAUCCAACCGUACGUGCAUCAACCUGGUUCUCAAUUGGUGAAUGUUCAACAAUUGCAAUCUCAAAGCCCGUUGUACAGAAGUCGCCCAAGCAAUAAUCAGGCUCUAUACCAACAGCAACAAGCCGAACUCCAAUUCCAAAACUCCGCUCAACUCUACGCUCAACAACAAAAAGUCCGCAACCAAAAUUCCCAGACUUCCCCCCAACAGUUCUACUACAUCCAACCAAGCCUUCAGCAACCGCAAGGUUUCCACCAGGGUAGCCAAAUUGACGCCUUCCUACGUGGACACAACAUCCAAUUUUAAAGACUUUAACUAAGUGAGCAUUCAACCCAUAAAAUUGAUGUAUAUAAAUA